ACCCCAAACGGCAAACUAUAAAAGACAUUUGUGCCUUCACCUGCGAUACAGUCGAAAAAUAACCAAGGACAAGAUGUUGAGCAAGUUUUUUCCGCGCAUCAAAGCCCUGCCAUUGACGGAGAAGACUCGGUCCCGCGAUGCCUUUGUCUACUUGGAUCGAUGUCAAAAAGUGUUCGGCUGGACAGCGCCCGACGAUGCCAAAUGGAGAGCUCCCUAUAUUAUGUGGGGAAUAUUCCUGAAUUUGCUGCUAAUCUUUCUCCUACCUAUCUCGAUGUUGGUUUCGUAUAUUCAGAUGUUCAAGAGCUUCACGGCGGGGGAGUUUCUCAGCUCCCUGGAGAUCACGGUCAAUAUGUACGGAUGUGUUCUGAAGUGCCUCUUCACCAUUUGGGGAUACAAGGGCUUUCAGGCAUCCAAUAAGGUGCUGGAUCAACUGGAUCUGCGCUGCACCAGCGCUGAGGAACGCUCCAGCGUGCACCGCUGCGUGGCUCUGGGCAACAUGUGUUACGUGUUCUAUCACAUUGUUUACUCGGGAUUUGUUGUCGUCAAUUGGACAGGAUAUCUUCUGAUGGGCCGGCACGCCUGGUUGAUGUACCUCCCGGGGCUGGAUGCGGAGCGGAACUUUGUAUCCAGCGUUUGCGAGAUGCUGCUGAUGGGUUCCUGUGUGACCAUGGAUCAGUGCACGGAUGUCUCUCCUCUGGCCCACAUGCUGAUGGCUCGCUGUCACAUCCUUCUGCUCAAGGAUCGGUUGACUAAACUGCGCACGGAUCCCACUAAAAAUGAGGAGGAGCACCAUGAUGAGCUGAGAAAAUGUGUCCAGGACCAUUGUUUGAUAUUGGACUAUGUCAGUGCUCUGCGGCCCGUCUUCUCGGGCACCAUCUUCGUGCAGUUUCUCCUGAUUGGCAUUGUUCUGGGUCUGUCCAUGAUCAAUGUCAUGUUCUUUUCAACCCUUUGGACCGGCCUCGGCACCGUGUGCUUCAUGUUCUGUGUGUUGAUUGAAACCUCUCCGCUCUGCUACCUUUGCAACAUGAUCAUCGAUGAUUGUCAGGACCUCUCCGAUAGUUUGUUUCAAUCGGAUUGGACGGCAGCCAGUCGCCAAUACAAGUCCACAUUGGUCUACUUUCUGCAUAAUCUUCAGCAACCAAUUAUACUGACAGCAGGUGGAGUGUUUCCCAUCUGCAUGCAGACGAAUCUAUCGAUGGUAAAGCUUGCUUUUUCGGUUGUCACUAUAAUAAAACAAUUCAAUCUGGCGGAUAAGUUUCAGUAA